AUGGUCGGUUCUGCGGUGGCCCAGGAGGCUGUUAAUGAAGUCUUAUCAAGAAUCAAAGAGGGUUAUGCCGAGAAGUCAGAUGCAAAGGAGCACAUAGAGAGGAUGGAGAUGGCGCACAUCAAGCUAGAAGCCGCCCUUGAGGCAUCCAAUAAGUGGAACAUCACUAGCCCGCCACUACUGCGCUGGAGGAGCAAGCUCAAGCGUGCCACACAGGAGUGCGACCACACUUUGCGCCGGUGCAGGCAGCGAUUGCAAGAAGAGGAAGAAGUGAAACAAGGGCUACAGAGCUCCUCCUUUCCUAAGAGGGUCUCUCAUACUGCCAUGUCAUUUGUUUCGUCAAUGUUUAGCAGCGGUAGUGGCGACGACAAGCUAAGAGGAUCCACUGCCGUCCGGCGAUUUGAGCGGUUUGCUGAUGGUGCCAGCGAGUUCUUGAGCUUACAGCUCUCUGAGAGUACUGACAUAGUUGGGGUUGUAGUCAGAUGCCUGCAGCUGUACAAACCGUGCCUUGAGCUUCAUAGCGAGACUGUAAAGACAAAGCUGACCCAGAUACCAAUGCAAGACUUGUGUUGGGUGUUUGAUGCUUAUUCAGGUUAUGGCUGUGAUGAACAACAGAACAGUCUUGAAACCAUGUGUUCUAAAUGGUAUCGACCAAACCCAUUUUGCUGUCAACAACUAGAACAUCUCCAUGCCCAGAGCUCCUUUUCAAAAUCAUUGACAUGUGAUAUAUACAUGGAAACAGUUAUCCAAGUGUAUUUGCUAGGACAUGUUGCACUGUCAGUUGGGAACAAUAGGCAGAGCGCAGUCAUCGAUGGCGAAAGCCAAACAAGCCCCACGAGAGACUUUCCAUAUCUGAAACUUGGAGCACACUUCGCCCCUCAUGCCUCUUUUGAAGAUUUGUCACCUACUGUUGGGGGUUCAGUGUCAGAGAUAAUCAACGAUGGAGCCAAACAUUGUGCCAUGUAUGCAAACAUUUCCUUUGAACAGCUGGGCGAGAUCACGAUGCCAAAAGCAGUAGAUUGCCUUAGUAGGAAUCUGGAAGCUACCUCAUAUCAGAUGUCGUGGAAGUCCAAGCAUGGAAGCGCGUACCUUCGGGUCGAGAAGACCUCAUGGAGAGCAACUACUAGGAAGGACAAAGUUGGAAAACGCUGUAAGCAACGGCCGGACAAGAAGGUUCCAGCUCAGGGAUGGACAGGUGCUAACAUUAUUGGGCAAGGAAGCUCAAGAUGUCCAGCACGUUAA